AUUCCAGAUCCAGAGGAUUCCCAUUCAAGUUGUACCGGGUCAUGAUACGACUUUGCCUCAAGUCAUGAUGGCUCAACGUCCCAGGAUCAAAUUUUCAGGAUCUCAGGGUCUGGAGUCUCCGUGCCCCGCCUUCCGUGCCGCCUUCCAUUGCGAUGGUGCGGCCGAAUGAGCGUUUGGACAUCGGACCCGCAACCAGUACGCCAGAGAAGUUAUCGAGACCUCAGAAGCGGCGACGCCGCUUGCAACGAUUAGCCGUGCAUCGUGCAGCAGAACCUUGCACCAACGAUCGCCGCAUAUCGGAGGACGCUGGCCCCCUUAGAUAGAAUUGCCCAUCGUCUCGAGCGCAUCGAGAACAUGCUGUCCAAACAUCUGCUGUAUUUGGCGGUUCCUCAGUAGAGUCCGCCUCGUUCUCUGCAUGGGGUAUGGUGCGACGAUUUGGCUUGUCCAUUGCAACAUCCAGGACCCCGAAUGUGUGACAUGGUCGAUAAAGGCCCGCCUGUUACGAACAUCACUUUGAGUCGCGAUGCGGACGAGUUCGUUCCAACAGGACAUGGCGAGCAGCUGGGUGAUUCCCGAUCUGUGCCAUCGGGUUUUUGGCACAACCUGCGCGGAAAGGUCAAGGUCAAUGGUAAAGGCGUGAUGAAGGAACCUUUUGACACAUAUGGCAGUGCUUCGUCAUCUGUUGGCUCUGAAGACCUCGCCCAUGAGCGCGACAGCUUGACGAUUACCCCGACUGAGCUUGAAACGCUGGUGGAGGACGGGGCUUUGCAACCCAGCGGGCGUUAGGAGGCCAGAUAUAUGGGUACAUGUGCUGCAUGUGGAGAUCGAUUAGCUCCAACUUGGUAUUCGCAUGACGGUGGGCGUCCGCUCUGCCAUUGUUGUGUUGAUUCAAAUUUGCUGCCCGAUAGCAUGAACGUCGAGUAGCAGCGCGAUUCUGCGUUCGACCAGCCAGCGGCUGGCUCUGCAGCGUGUAUGUCUCUGUCCCGAACGACGCUUUUUUGUGCCAUGACUUGCUCGGGCGCGCCCCUCGCGCACGAAUGCAUCCUGGAUGGCCCCGCCGAUGGAGAUCAAGAUUGGCCCGAUUUGGUCGCGAACGAACAAGCUGAGUUUCAAAGUUGCUUCACAGAGCGCUUGCAGCAAAGGGCCAAUAGUUUUGUCGUCUGAGAUGAGUUCGGAAUUUGAUGCCGCAGCGACCGCCAGCGAACAGCACGAUUGUUCAGCAUCUCGGCGCCACGUGUCCCAAGCUAGCCGGCUCAAAGAGCAAUUGGACGGUAUGCGUGGCGCCGCUGACUAGAGGAGCAACCGUGGGCAUCUCAAAGACGGCAGAAUAAUCAUUCCUUGGACUGGCGUGAUCGACCACAUCGCAACAGUGAUCUAGGUAGUGCGCGCGCAGCCGAGCCAAUUCACGAGUAGCUUGGUGCAGUAGGUGCAGACACCUUGCAUCUAGUAAAUACCCUUGCGGUCUGCAUGAACCGAAGGUCCCAUGCCACAGGAGACAUAUAGACCUUGCGCGCGCCCAGUAGGGCUGGCGGAAGUCCGAAAUAAUGGCACUGGGAAUUGGAAUUUCAUGGUUGGCGUUCGAACGUUCAGAAAGGGAAUUGGUCGGCGCCUCAGUAUGUGUGCCGUUCACGCCAAGGCGCGUCAGGCUACAAUGCUGGCUUGCAGGUGACGUCCGCCUGCGGUCAUCCCAGUGAAUUUGAUGCAUAUCUUUACUUUCAAGAGCUGGUCGCUCCACCUUGCGCGCGCAUCCUUGGGCAAUCGACCAGAUAAGUGCGCGCGAGGCGGUUGUGUCUCUGGCGCGAGACCCUGCCAGUGCAGCUUCUUUCUCUUCACCGCGGAGGCGAUUGUUUAUUUCAUUCCGCCUUGCGUGCACACCCGUGGACAAUCGACCAGAUAAGUGCGCGCGAGGCGUGGAAGCGUCUCCGUCGGAA